AUGAAUGCUGACGAGAAUCGAAAUGCCCCAUUUCAUAUCCAUCCAUUAGAUCGAGAGCUCACGAGUCAUAUUCAUAGCCAUGUGCUUUUCAUCAUUAAAAAAAGAUGAAAUGAUUAAUAUGAAAUAUGACAUCUUACCUUGCGCACGAGCUAAAUUUGAAAAGUUAAUAAAUAUAAAUUUUUGAUAUUUCAUGUCAUAACCGUCGCAAUAUUUGGUUAAUGCUUGAAACAAAAUAAUGAAACUAAAAAAGAACGAUGGCCAUAGAAAACUAAGUAAAUUGAAUUUAAUCCCUUGACAAUAUGACUUACUAAUCCGAUGCACUGGCCCACCCAUGGGCAGUGAUGGUCAAAUCUCUGGACACAAUUGUUGCAGAUUGAACAAUGAGAAGCGCGGGGCGGACGAUAAAGCAAGCAAGUGUCACAGAACUUUACUUUCACAGAAAAGCCAUUUACAGUGAGUUCUUUAGUACGGGGAAGCUGUACAUGAUGGGUUAUCCCGUUCACCCACUCCAUGGAUUGUGCAGUUCUGUCAAACGCUUCCUCUAAAUCAGGUGGUUGGGUAUUUCUCGGUAUGAUACCUGGAUCUCUACUGGAUGUCAGGAAGAGGAAGAUCAAGUCCUGCAUUUUACAGAAUGCGAAGGUGAAACGUAGCGGGAGAGAAAAAUUUAACUCUCUGAAAUUCUUGAAAGUUGGACAGAUCUGAUCAGGAUAAUUCAAAGAGCUCACCAACACAGUAAUCGCUAUGGCCACGAUCAGAGCAGGAAAUCCAAGGAUGUGAGCCUGAUCUCUGUCCCUCCAGGAACCGUUCUUCCCAGAAGUACUUAUUUUCGAGAUCACUUGAGAGCAAAAAGCGACUGAUGGCCCUGCUAUUAGGAGCGCUGAUAUGAGUAGUGAUGCCACAUCCGGACCAAAUAUCAGCUUCCCACCACAGAAAAACCUCUGA